GUCACUGACAAAGAACUAAGGAUGCUUGCCUAAAAUGGCAAGCAAUAACACCUUGUCGGAUUGAUUCAUCGACGCGAACAACGGGCUCUGGGACAUGCAAUCAACAGUCCCCAGGCGUGCGUCGACGCUAAAUUCUGCAGUACCGUUGUCUCUCGUAGGUUAUACGGCGGACCUGUACUCGGACUCGCGCAAACACGGCUACCAAGGACCAGUGAGAAAUGUCCGCUUACACCGUGCAACAACCAAUGGUGGAGGGACGAUUGCGAAGAGCGACGAUGGUUUAAGAUGCGUUGUUGCGGGACGAGAAUCCUUGCGCAUCUUGCGUCUGUCUGAUCCAGAAGAUGUCAUAAAUAAUGACCAUAAAGCCUCUAUUGGUCGCGGUGGGCAUCGUAUCGAAGCGUCGCGGAAUAUAUGGGAUGGAAGUGGUUUGAAGAUUGACAGUGCAAGUACUGAUGUUGCCUGGUGCCAUGGCAGUUAUGACAACAAGAUUCUCACAAGCGCGCGGAAUGGAGAUCUCAUUAUGUGGGACCUCAACAGAGCUGGUAAUGCCAAGUACGAAAGGAAGACGAAGUUUCAUAUCCGUUCGAUUCACAAGUUAUCCUGUUCCACUAUAGUUCCGUACUACUGUGUUACAGGUUCUGCUGAUGGCGAUAUGCGUGUCUGGGAUCUUCGGGAUAUGUCGAAGUCCAUCAUGAAGAUCCACCAUCCAACCUCUGUUCGCUCUCUUGUCUUUUCACCAUGUCUAUCCCAUCCCCUUCAAGCUGUUGUAGGUCUUGACAACGGAUCAAUCUAUCGCUGGGAUCUUCAAAUGGGCCAGAGAGGUCAGCUUGACAGGUUACCUGUCGCACAUACAGGUCCAAUUCUCGCAUUGGACUGGUGUAGCACUCCGGGUUCCAAUAAUGCCGGGGAUGUUAUCGGUGCCGAUAGGAGCUGGAUAGUCAGCGGAGGUUUGGACCACACUGUCAAAGUCUGGGACCUCGCCACAUCUGGCACGUCCGUUCAUAUUGCACAUCAGCCUACCUAUACCCUACAUCCGUCGUUCCCUGUACGCCGAGUACUCUGGCGUCCUGAGUUUCCCUCCGAGAUUGCACUCGUGUCCAAUGAGGACUUUGGCGGAGGGAGUGGCAGUGAGCUAUUAGCCAGCCCUCGACUACAGUCCGCAACGCCAGCGUUCAUUAAUGCCUCCAGUUCCGUCACUAAAGACAAGGAUCCCAAAAGUAACGGUGCAGAUGCUGUAGAGAUAUGGGACGUAAGACGUGGUUGGAUUGCUAAAUGGACUGUUGAAGUGAGCACGUCGGAGGGGGGUGUGACCGAUGCUAUAUUCCGUGACUCGCAUGGGCUUUGGGUCCAGCAUGCAUCUGGAACAUUUGCUCAAGUUGACUUACGUAGGUCUGUACGCCCUAUUGAUGCCGUUCCGCGCGUGGCACUCUCUUGGAAUGUCGGUGUCGAUGGGGAUACCGACGGAACAUUAGCUUUUGUCUCAGACAGGAGGGCCAGAUGGGAAGUGCCCUACGAUGAUAUUCACCCUGACAAACGACACGUACUUUCUGAACGAAAGCUCAAACUAAAAUGCCUUGGUGACAAGCCUCGCAUGCCCGUUCUGCAGACUAUGGGUAUGUAUGUACGCGGAGGGCUUCAUGAUACGGAAUCUGUGGGGUCAUUUGAGCACCUGGCAAGAAAGUACCUUGUCGAGUCUGACGGGAGGAACAGGACCGCCGUUUGCAAGGUAAACGCCGAGGCGUCUAUCGAAGCAGGAAGCGUGCACAUAGCACAAGUAUGGUUGCUACUUGGCUCUCUGCUUACCGACGUCAUUCCGGAGUACAUUAAACCGUCACCUCAUUCGGAGAAGAGCCAUCAGAUUACUAUGCACCUCACGCACUCUACUUCAGCCCCUGCUGCCAUCCCUACACUUAGCACAAGAUCUGGACCACAUGCUUCAGGAUCCACCUCAAAACCCACCUCAUACCGUGCUGCCUCGUCAGAUUCUGUCUCCAAGAUGAUCCAACAGACACGCCCCACUUCCACUUCCCCUGCUCAACCACAUAUAUCCAGUCAGACAUACCCUCAACCUCACCCUGAAGACAAACGCUCCACAUCGAAAAACAGCAGCGGAACCUCUGCAUCGAGAGAACGUGAAGGGGAGCGAGAUGCCCUCCCAACCACUAAACCACCCCCUAAUUCACGAAACUUGACCCCUGCAUCGUCUACAUCCUCAUCGCCUCGCCAUAUACCUACUUCCCUUCCGCCAGCGUCAGCACUCCCGCCUUCGGCAAUCAUGACGCCUGCUACAACCCGUCGUCCAUCAGUUCUUAUUUCCACCGCGGCACAGGCACAGGGACAUGUACGGCGGCCGUCUGUAUAUAACCGCGCGCCUGCAUCUCACAGCGAGAGCCCUAGCACACCUAGUGUCAGUGCGAGCGACCGAAACCUCCGUCACGUAGGUGAAGGCGCCCUGGAUGACUCAGAUUCGUCAGACGGCAGUGAAAACUGCGCAGUGGUGAGCGCCGAUGCCCUGGAUAGCCAUAGUGAAAACGAGAGAGAUGUACCGCCUGAUAUCCCUCGACAAACCAUAAUAUCGAAGUCGAGGAGUCUUAGCAUGGGCCGUACAGGCCCAGCCCAUCCUAGCCCACUCUCCAGACUCGCUGGGCAACGUUGGACGGAGGAUGAGGAUGAUGGUAGCAAGGAGCAUGAGGAUGACGAGGCCAGUCCGUCACCUGGAUCGACUGAUACUGACGGCGAAGGACAUAGCGGCCGUGACUCGGAGUGCAGUACCAGACCACGGAAGGUUAAGGUAAAAGCAGCUUCUGUGGCGAAGAUACGCUCCAGAAAGAACUCGAAUGCCAAACGACUGAAGAGUCGCACGCGGAGUGCCACUGUCGCUGUUCUUACUGCGUCACUACCAUCUCCUGCGCAGCCAGCGUCUGAGAGUUCUCAUUUGGUAAAGCAGGCAAGCAACAGCAGCAUUCGCACAGUCACAGUCGGAUCUGGCCGCGAACAGGAGCAAAACACUGGGCUCAUACAUCGUGAUGAGGAUGCCUCGCAGGCAGACGCGGAUGAUCAUCAAGUCUGGCGUGGUAUGACUGAAUCUCGACGUCGUAUUGUAAUGGAAGAGGAAGCUCAGCUUCGCGAGGCAGCAUGGCACGCACUAAGGGAGGCAGUUGAAGAAUUUGCAGAAACAGGUGAUGUUCAGAUGUGCGCUAUGCUGGCGCUCAUUGCAGCGAAGGAAUUGGGGAUCAGCCGGAAGAGAGGCUUGCAAUUCUUAGAGGCAUAUAUUGAACUACUCACUCGCCUCCGACUGCACACUUGUGCUGCGUACUUGCGUAAAUGCAGCAAUUUCGAGGAUGUUUCAAAUACCACCAAGCUCGAAACUAUCAUUUACACUGCCUGCGGACGUUGUCGCAAACCUAUCCUUCUUUCACGCGCUCGAACGGUGACUGGAGCUCACGCAUUAUGUACGACAUGUAAAAGUGCAGUUGUGAAGUGUUCGAUAUGUCAUCUUCCUGUCCGCACACUACUUUUCCAAUGUUCUGUUUGCACGCAUGGUGGCCACCAGGAGUGCUAUAGGCGAUAUCACAUGGGACGUCCGAUGGUCGAUAUCCCAACCUCUUUGUCGGCACGUGGGCGUUCGCUGAUCAGAGAACGAAAUGAUGAUGGUGAAGAGGGAGAGGAGGCUACUUGCUCUGAGAGCCGGGGGGAGAGGACACUGGCGGGCCAUCUAUGUGCAGCCGGAUGCGGGCAUUACUGUUGGGCAACUGUGGGCGGGCAGCUAGGUGCAGAGGAAGCUUCAUGACCAGUCGCUCUAGGAAUCGCUUGACUCUACAUGGUUGGAUCUUAGUCUGUUGUGACUGCAAAUUUUAUUUGCCAGGUGGCAAAUGAAUGGCAAAUUUCGAAAGCAGUAGACUGUACGCUGUCCUGCAAUUCGUGGUUUGUAUUGAAGAUAUGAUCGGGCGGGAACAGGGCCGGCAGCCAUUUGCAAGCUGAACAUCGAGAUUAGUGUUCUCGCGUGAAGGUAUCAGUUGGUUUUUUUUGGAUC